AUGCCGAUCACAUUUUACUCGCCGAGUACAAAUCUGCCCAAUUUUGCUGGCUACGUGAUUGAGCAGCACAGAACUUUUCCAGCAUCGUCUCUUGAGAAGAACAAUCUAUGCCCGUGCGUGGGCCUUGCCCUUUUCAGCUCGUUCGGUGCUGGACAGUGCUACUCAUCCUCUACAGCAAUAGCGCACAAGCACAUUCAUCCAUGGCGGCGGAAGGUACUUGGAUCUUGUAAGGGGAUGGUAAAUCCUGAACCAGUUGGGGCGCCGCUAACUGUAAACGACGAUGACUCGCCGCUGCGCAGCCGCCGCCGGCGAAAGACCGACGACAAUGAAGACGACGGGAAGAGGAAGAUGAAACUUGUUCACGGAAACAAAGGGCGUGUGCCGUGGAAUAAAGGGCUUAAGCACAGUGAAGAGACUCGCGAGAGAAUUAGUCGCAGGACAAAAGAAGCCUUAAGCGACCCCAAGGUUAGGAAGAAAAUGGCUGAAGCCCCUCGUAGUAUGAGUAACCUGACGAAAGCGAGAAUACGCACUUCUCUCACAAGACUAUGGGGAAAACGGCUAAAAUGGAAAAGAUCGAGGGAGCAAUUCAUGCAAUUGUGGGCCGAAAGCAUUGCAAAAGCUGCUAAGGUGGGAAUGAGUGAUGAGAAAGAACUUGAUUGGGAUAGCUAUGCCAAACUUACAGAAGAAUUGACUCUCCUAUGGGUUCAAAAGACUGAACAACAGGCAAAGGCCGAAAAGAUAGCUCGUCUAAGAGCAGCACAUGUGAAAGCAGAAAAGACAGCACGGCUCGCUCAGAAAAGAAGAGAGAGGGAAGAGAAUGCGAGACUGAGAGGAGGAUCAAUUAAAAAGAGAAGCCAAAAAUCAAAUGAAGAAAGAGAGAGGUUGGCAGAGUUUCGUGAGGAGAAACUCAAGGAGAGACUAAUGAAGAUUCAUAAGAAGAAAUCGUCCAUUAAACAAGUAAGCAGUGAUCAUCAACGGCCCUGGGAGAAACUUGACCUGGACUUGGCAAAGGGACUGAAAGAGGAAACUUCGCUUGCUGAUCAAAUUCGUUUUGCCAAGAGCAGGAGAUAA